AUGGAGACAGUGCUUGAAAGGCCUGAUGAAGAAAAUAUUGAUGGAGUUUCAUCUUUUGAAGAAAGAAUGGUCCUGGGCCACAGAUCCCAUAUAAAAUUUCCAUUUAGUAUUAUUUUUUCAACUCUUCUCUAUUGUGGUGAGACUGUCUCUGCUUUGUAUAUGUUUAACAUUUAUCGAAAUAAUAAUGACAAAUUCUGGAUGUCAUUUACCAUCGGCUUCUUUUUUGUGGGAAUAGUUUUGGACCAGGUUACCCUAAUGUUUUUUCACAAAGAUUUGAACAAAAAUAAAGCUAUACUACUAUUUUGGCACAUUUUUUUUUUAGGACCGAUAGUGAGGUGUUUGUAUGUCAUUAUAAAUUACCAUAAAUUGCUGAAAAAGCUUGAACAACAGAAGAAAGAGACUCAAGUUAGUAUGAGCAGACGACAUAUGAUAUUGAAAAGGGAGAUUGUUCUCUCAAUCCAUGGAAUUUUUAUGCAGUGCAAGGCUUUCAAGUGCAUGUCAGUGAUCCAAGCCUUUCUUGGUUCUGUUCCACAAUUAAUUCUUCAGUUGUAUAUCACUUUCACCAUAAGAGAAUGGCCUUUGAGUAGAG